GUGCGUUAGUGUCGGGUCGUCGCGUGUCGUGUACAAAAAAAAUGGGAAAUAAGAGAAAAUAUAGUGUUUCAACUUCGGAAAACUCUUCUUCAAGCGAUAGUAUAGACUCAGAGGAUAGUACCGAGCGGAAGAUCUGUAACAUUCGACGGAAAAUCCGAGAUUUACAAGAAAAACAUAGGAGUAAAAAACGCCAGCGGCGUUCAAGCAGUGCAGAUGGUCGAUUUUCGCCUGAACCUACAUCGUCAGCUGGACGACGACAUGCAGGUCGUUCUAGGCCAAGCUCCAGGAGGGGCAAGGGCAGUACAAGUUUUCGGCGAAUUAUCAUAGACACGGAGAGUGAUGCCGAAAACGACAGCGAGGCGCCCCCGGUUGAGGUUAACAUCGACCCGACUAUCUUGAACCUUUUAUGUCGUGAAAACGAAACAGAAGACUUUGCUGAUCCUAUCCAGAAGGACGUUGCACUCCAAUGGGAGAGCAUAUUAAAGUCUGGUAUGAAGGACGAAGAAAAAAUGAAAGUUAUGGAAAAAUACAAGGUACCUAAAAAUUGUUUAUCUUGUUCAUCACCCAAGCUUAACCCUGAGGUUUUGGCCGCCAUCAAUGAGACAGCCAUUAAAAGGGACGAACGGCUAGUCAAAGUCCAAUCACAGAUGGGAAAAAGCUUAGCAGCCUUGGGUAAGGCAUUGUCGAUGUUAAUUUCCCUGGAACCACAGGAAGGGGACCAAAUGAUACCAAUAAUUGAAGCGCUAAGUGAUGGGGCAAGACUGCUUGCAGACAUUCACCACGAACAGUCAAUAUCCAGGCAAAAUGUUGUAAGUUUUGGAUUAGACAAACACUUGAAGGAAAUUGUUGGAACUGCUGUUGACACCUGGUUGUUCGGAGAAAACUUGGGUGAGAGGAUUAAGAAUGUUAAACAAAUUGAAAAGUCAGGACAGGAGCUGCUGAAACCAAAGGUUUUGCCUCUUAAAAAGAAAACCAGCGACCCAAAAAACUCCAGGGCCCCGCCUCGACGCUCAUCAGUCCUGGCGGGAUCUCAGAGCUUCAAGAGGAAGUUCCACAACAGUCAUCGUGCUCAAUAUCAGCGCAGGGAACAGUCCUACAACAGGAAACAACCAGAGAGGCCCCGUUAUCGUUAUUAGACAAUAGCAACAUGUCUACUCACGAGGAAGCCUCACCCUCUUUGGCGGAACCUUUCCCUGGCGGUAGGAUUGUUAUCAUACAAGCAUUCAGGAUAAGAGGAAUCCCAGAAGAAAGUAUCCAGAUAAUGUUAUCUUCACUUUCCGAGGGAACUACAAGGCAGUAUAAUAGUUGCCUGAGACUAUGGUGGAAUUUCUGUUCAGCGAAUAAUAUAGAUAGGUACGCUUUGUCUAUUGACUGGACCUUAAAAUUUUUGACAGAGAUGUUUAAUAAAGGCGCUGCCUACGGU